UAUACUCCUAGUAAAUUAUACGACCCAGUCGGCGUAAAGGCGUACCUACUCGUACUCCAUUCAUAUUUAGCUACAUGCGCCGGCUGCCGCGUGUUUUGUGAUUUCGCUACAAUAGUUUACUUUCGAAAUGUUUUAAUACGUUGUUUGGACUAAAACGAAAUGUGCACGAUGCUACACUUAUUAUUUAUAUUAUGCGCGACAGUAAUUCACCCAAUACUGACUGCGACACCAUUAAUUCUUACGCCGUAUGUCAAACAAAACAACACAGAAGAAGCCAGAAAUCGAUCGGCCGUUGACCCCAAACUUUUCCUCGAUGUAAGGAGCUAUUCAGGUUUCUUAACCGUCGACGAGAAACACAACUCGAAUCAAUUUUUCUGGUACUUUCCAACAAUAAAUAACGAUGGAAAGGAUAUGCCUUGGAUCCUUUGGCUUCAAGGUGGAUUGGGGCUGACCAGCAUGGCGGGCCUAUUUACUGAAAUUGGGCCUUUUGAAUACAUUGUAAACGAAACUAGAAUGUCUAGGGGUGGAUUUUUAAAAGAUCGGGAAUAUUCGUGGAACAAAAAGUUUUCAAUGGUAUUCAUGGAUAAUUCCGUCGCUGAGGGUUAUAGCCAUACGGAUAAAGGUUUAACAGGUAUACCGAGUGAUGAAGAGAUGUAUGCAAGUAAUCUAUUAUCAGCUGUGCAACAAUUAGUACAAAUUUACCCAGAAUUAAGUAAAGGCCCACUCUAUAUUGCUGGAGACAAAUUCGCGGGCCAUUACGCGCCUGCUCUGGCCAUGAAGAUCAUGGAUGCCAAAAAUUCAACAAUACCUAUUAACUUAAAGGGUUUAAUUUUAGGAGAUCCAAUAUUAAAUGGAGACAGUGUCACAGAUUAUUCAUCAACGUUUUAUAACUUCGGCUUGAUUGAUCGUCAGGGUGUGCUCGCGGCUAAACAAUUGCAGGAUAAGUUUAUUCAGUCCUUGGGAGACGGGAGUGCAAGCAACGCUUACAGUUUUCGUGAAGACCUUCUUAAGCGGCUGAAAGAAAUGUCCGGUAAACGACAGUUAUAUAACGCUGUGAAGGAAUAUGACAAUUUGGAUUACAAUUUUUAUGACUACAUAACAAAAAAUGAUGUGAGAGAUGCCCUCCAUGUUGGCGACCUAACGUUUUCGAUCACGGAUUAUUCAGUUAUAACGGGCAUGCAACGAGACUUCUUAAAUAACGUCACAGCGAAAUUAGAGAAGCUUAUAGAAAAUUACAGGGUCCUUAUCUAUUGUGGCCAGUUUGAUCUUGCAUCCCCAUGCGUUCCAAAUGCAGAGGGUCGGAGGAAAUGGCAAUGGAAGCAGAAGGAGGAUUUCCUGAAAGCCCCUCACCUACCUUGGUGGUUUAAUGACUCUAUGGCAGGGUAUAUAAAAUCGGGCGGAAACCUAAUGGAAGUACUAAUAACUAACGCGGGAAGCCUGGUGCCUAUAGACAGACCGGCCGAAUUGUUCCAUUUAAUCUCAAACUUCAUAGACAACAAAGAGUUCAACUUCAUUCUUCCACCGGAUUACGUCAUCAACGAAAAUAACACAGCGCCAUAUGUCGAGGAACCCAAAAUUGAACCUAAUAGCGAGCAUGUUAAGCUCACUAUUAGCUUGAUCGUGAAUAUAGUUCUCAUUCUAUUAUUGUUAUUGGGAAUAGUAUUGUUCUUGAGGUUUAAGAAAAAAAUUAAACAGCUCUAUGGGCCUGUGAGUGAAGGAGCGAUGAAUAUGCGAUGAUUGAGUGCAUUUGUAUUUGAUUUAACUUUAACUGUACUUAACUUUGAUUUAAAAUUUGAUAAAAUAAAUAAAAUGACUAAUAUACAUAGAAUAAGUGCGAGUAAAAAGUAUGCCAUUUCGUUUUAAUAAACUAUUUAAGAUACAAUGUCCGAGUAUUGUAUGCCUUAUAUUAUAAUUCGAGUUUUGAACUGGAGUAAAGAGUAAAAAUUCGUUUGGUAAUUAUUUGUGGUUCCUAUUGUCAAACAGUAUAAACACUAGUAAUAAUGAAUGAGACAAUGUUAUUUUUUUAAUAAAUGUUCUACGUGAAA